AUGUGUGAGGAGGCUGUGGACGGAGGUUUCUGGAUUUAUGGGGGGAGUGUGCAGCCCUUUAUGAGGUAUUUGGAGUUGAGCUGCAUAUCGAAAACAAACAAACUCUUCCAGAAGCUUCAGGACCUCAACCCUCUUCUGAACAUCGAGAUGGAGGCAUACUCCUGCAAGUCGAGCAGGAAGCAGAGGAUGGAGAUGCAUGUGGAGAAGCCGCUCAGGUAUCUUGUGUCUGCACUUGAGCUGCGGUUUCCGGACUAUGACUUCUCUGGGGAGUCGUGGAGGUCUUUUUCGCGGAAGUCGAUGGGGGAGGUUGUGAACGAGGUUGCGUACUCGAUAAGCACUGUGCACAAGAACAACUCUGAUGUGAAGGAGUUUGUGGGGUUUCUUGAGGUGAUUCUCCACAAGUCUGUUGACCUGAGUGAGUGCAUGAUAUUUUCGUAUGAGAACAGGAUGGGGCCCUUUGAGGACUGCUUCUGGUACUUUUCGUUUCUGUUUUUCAACAAGAGGCAGAAGAGGGUGGUGAUGCUGAAUGCGUUUAUGAACAGGAACUAG